CUCUACGUUAAUGACACAAAGUUGCUCACUCAACCGCACGUGGUACCCCUUUCUGCCGUUUCCCACCUUGCCAUUGAUGGUGAAGCGGAAUUCACGUCAGUGGAGUUCAAGGAUCUGAACGGCGAAGCUGAAAGUGCACAGAGUGAGGAUAUGGCCAGCAGUCGCAGCAAAAGCUCCGCCAGUGAGAGCAAGGACCGGUUGCCUGAACUCGCAAGCCAGCCUGGCUUCGUUCGCUUGUCUCAGUCCCGUAGCAGCUUCAAUCGCAGACCCGAUGAUCCAGUCAUGGUACCACUAAACUCUAGUAUUAGACGCAGGGAAUCAGACCUCCAUGGGAUGAACGGAACCGGUGAACUAGGUGCAAUGGCUGCCUACGUUACUCUGUCUCAGUCGAGUCUGCAGGCGAACGCAGUUAAACGCUAUCCGAAAGGUAAGUACGACCUCAACUCAGCUGAAAGGAGUCCUGGGAAUGAGGCAAUUGCCUUGAAAAGUGUUGCCACUCUUCCAACUGCAGACAGUGACACCAGCGUGCGUCGUCCUCCUAAGUGUCAUCUAAAUGACUCCAUGCCCCCAACUGAAGCCAUUGCUGACAGAGAAAAUACAGCCCCUGGGUCUGCCCUAAAUAAUGUUGAACCAGUCUCUACUCCGGCACGCCGAGUCAGCUUUGAUCACGAUGAAUCAAGUGCUGUCAGGCAAAACCCGGCUGGUACAGUUGCAGUUGUCACGGGUGCCGGAGGUGGGACACAUAAAACAGAAACUAAAAAGGACGGUAAGGAAUAUGGCAAGAGCAAAAACUCCGAGGGCGAACCAGUGCUCAACGACUCCGGUAAUCCCGAGAAACGUAGAAAACGGGAAAAAGUUGCCAACGCCUUCAGGAAGAUCUUUCAUCGAAAGAAGAAGAAGUCCAAGGGCAAGAACAUGGCUUCGAGCAACCCAGCAGGAACUGGAGCUGGUGCUGCUGCUGCAGGCUUAGAGAACCGCAUGACUGAAUUACCCGACGACUCGGAGUAUGAGUCGGAUUACAGCUCCUCGGAUUCCAGUCUUUCUCUAGACAACGUGCAGGUGAACAAUCCUGCCUUUAUGGCCUCCACGCUACAUGGCGAUGAACCCGCGCUGGAAGGAAACUACUCAGUUGCAUCUCUAACGACAGACACCAGCACAUUUUAUCCAAGGCAUAUUGACAUGCCAGCUCCACCCAGUCCUGUCCAACUUUCACCCAGGCCUGUCCCGUCUUCACCGAAGCCUGUCCCAGGCUCAGGUGACCAUGAAAGUGGCGGAGGCAGUAGUACGAACAGUUUUAGCAGCGAGUUCGCCGGACAUUCGAUAAAAAGAGAAACUCAAAGUGAACUGCAAAAUUCCGAUGGUUCGCUCAUUCCUACUCCUGUUCAACAGGACUCUCAGCCUGCAACGCCACCCAGCUCAAAUCAGACUCAGUGGUCUCCUUCGGAUGAUAUUAAGAAACCUAUCCGUAGGCUGCCGCCCAGCCGCUCCAUCUCAGCUUCCAGCAGCGAUAGUUCCACCUUCGGCGGCAAGACGAAUGUUGUAAUCACGGUAGGACAGAGUGGUGAGUUCAAUGAGCGAAUGAACUCCUAUCGCAAGCGGUUAGCAGGUGAACAGUCAAAAGACGAAACAAAGGCACGUGGUGGUGCUGGCCGCCGCGGCAGCCACACUUCAAUCAGUUCGAUAUCCUCUGUUGAUUCAGAUAAACUGCAUCCUUCCGUCGAAAAAGUAAAGAAGGCUGCAAACGUGGAUUCACGUGGUAGGAAGACCAAACAACCACCAGCCCCCCAAACAAUCAUUGACCCGCGAACGAAGAAGAAAACGCCACCAUCUCCCAAAACAAUUGUUAUUCCUUCUGGAAGUAAACUGCCUUCAAGUAAGCAUACGUUAAGGUGUUUGGUUUAUUUUCGGCAUUAUACUACUACUACUACUGCUAAACUCUACGGACAAUGA